AUGAGCUUGGCACCAAACCUGAACUGUCCGGGUUUGUCUUACGGCGGUCCAUGCACUCCAGGCCUGACUAUUUUCGUUCAUCUUCUGUGCAUCUCGACCAAUGAAUCCGUUCACCGAGCAACUCUUGGUGUUCUGGUCGAAGUAGCCCAAGAUCGCGACUCCUUAGAUGCAGUCGCCUCGGUUCCAGGCAUUUCGAUCCGUCUGAAUGAACUAGCGAAUUCGCGCAACGAAGCCAUCUCUACCUACGCGGGAACCCUCAUUUUGCGACUCACGGCGACGCCUGACGACUCGUCGGCCAGCGGCGGGGGGCAUAAGGCGGAAACGCUCAAUACUCCGCCACCGUUGCCAAUGGAUACGAGCGGCGGACGGAUGUCUCCUGUAGUGGCGUCAAGCUGUUUUCCACCUCAAACCGUGUUUCAUCAGCACCACAAUCAAUCAGCACCCUACGCUCCACAACAAUCACAGCAGCGUUACUCUCAAGGCAAUUACCACUAUGCGGGCGAGGCGAGCGGGGGCUCGUUGAUGGCCAUGGUGGGACCCCCGCCUCCUCCUGCGACUUCGGUCUACGUUGGUGGGGGCGGAGGGUGUCCCAUAAGCACUCAGACUUUGCCACCCCAACAACACCAACACUGCUUCCAACAGCAAGUGAAUGAGUCAGUCUAUCCUCAGUGUUCGUGGAGCGGGAGUCCCUACUCAUCGGAGCCUCAGGGUCGCCCGGUGUACACAAACACGAUGCCGCCACACCACCCUCUGCCUCCGCACCAGGAAGUGGUGUAUGGAUCCGCCGCGGCGGGUUAUCCUCCCUUAGCGGGUGCUAGAGGUGGAGGCGCCACCUACCACCACCGCGGCAGUCCAGCGUCGACAAACUACUAUUCGAGUGGUUACGUUGAGCAACAACACCCCGUUGGCCCCAUAGCUUCCCCAAACCCACGCGCCUGCUACCCUGCGAGCACGCCCACCUCGAUGGACACCACCGCCGCCGCCGGGUAUCCGAGUGCUGGGACUGCCGCGGGUCGGUUGCCUCCGGCCGACGCCUACAUGGGGGGAGCUCUGCAGUCAGCCAACUCCUCAACCCCGACGUCAUCUGCGGCGAGUGACCAUCGCUGGUUUUCGUCGGCCCAAAUGUGCCUGCCGUAA